UACUCCGGAAGUGGUUUCCAACCGUCCAUUCCUUGUACAUAUACUUGUUGUUCAGUGAACAUCACUUCGCCGGUCCUUACACAAUUACAAUGCAUUUCACUUCUUACCUCUCCCUCCUCCCUAUCUUGGGAGCCUCGGUCUCGGCUUGGGAUGCCCCUGGCUACUCGGGCUACAGUCUAAACUGGCAAGACAACUUCGCCGGCCCCAGUGGGAGCCUCCCCAACGAGGGCAACUGGAACAUCAUUGACGGCUACCUGAACGUCAACGCCGAGCUGGAGACGUACAAGAGGAACCCUCGUCAAGUUCAGACCAGCGGCGGGUACACCUUGCAGAUCGUCCCCUGGCGUGAUGGGAACUCGUGGACCUCGGGCCGGAUCGAGUCCAAGUACACGUUCACUCCGCAGGCUGGCAAGAGGACCAUGGCCGAGGCGGCCAUCCGCUUUGGUGGCAACGCCAUCAACACCAAGCAGGGCAUCUGGCCGGCCUUCUGGCUGCUGGGCGACUCGCUCCGCCGCGGAGGCUCGUGGCCGGCCUGUGGCGAGCUGGACAUCCUUGAGACGGUCAACGGACAGCUGACCGGCUAUGGCACUGCCCACUGCGACGUCUACCCCGGCGGCAUCUGCAACGAACCGAGCGGUCGCGGUGCGAGCAUUUCCAUCCCCAACCAGGACUGGCACACCUGGAGAAUCGUCUGGGAUCGCACCAACGGCGACUGGCGCGCCCAGAGCAUCACCUGGUACAUGGACGGCCGGCAGUUCCAGCAGAUCACCGGCGCCCAGAUCAACAACCAGAAUGUGUGGAACACCUUGGCCGCAUCGCCCCUGUACUUCAUCCUGAACGUUGCCGUUGGCGGCACCUGGCCCGGUAACCCCAACAGCGCCACCUUGGAUGGUUAUGGUGCCAUGAUGGAGGUCGGCUACGUCGCCCAGUACUCCUCCUAAGCCCACUUGGAUACCCUAAGCAUGUUUUUGGAUCAUGAAGCCGUGUCUCGGAUACCGGUACUUUUCUGAUUGCAUGCUUCAGCGGCCUCAACCCUCACUGC